AUGAAGGGAAUGAAAGGAAAACUAGUGAAGAGGUUGAAAUCAAUCCCAGGAGUCCUUCAGGUGAAGCCACAAGAUCGAGUUCUUCAGGUAAGCGCAUCGGAUGGGUAUGUGGAAAACCUUCCAAACAUCUCAGUUGUCAAAUUCCACAAGGAAGAAACAGAGCAGGACAAGCUCAACUGCAGCAGUGUGAGAGAGCAGCAACAACCUGAUAUUAUUGACGUCGAUGAGCUUAUGAGAGACCUCCUCACAGAUUCUGACGAUGACGUCGCCGACGACGACGACGACAAAGAGAACAUGACGCCAAGAAUGAAGGCAAAGGACCCAGUUGCUUCUAAGGAGUCUAAAUUGAAGCAGAGUAAAGCGACUUUCCCAGAUUCACAAGCACUACCGGUACUAGAGUCGGAAAGCCGUAAUCAAACACCUCUAUCGGAGAUUGACAUCUCGUCUUUCCGGCGACCGGACUUAGAUUCCGGUACCCUCUUCGACCCGGACCUACUCGCCGCCUUUCGGCAAGCCGUUAUUGAGUACAUGAAAUUGAGUGAAGCAGAGAGGAAGUCAAUAACAGAGAUUCAAAAUAUUGAAAACAGUGAAACAGAGGCGGAGGCAGAGGCGGAGCCGGACCCUCUAUUAGGCUUCGAAGAGAAAUGUCCACCUGGGAGCUUGGAGUCGGUAAUUCUCUACACGACAACCCUUCGAGGGAUACGAAAGACCUUCGACGAUUGCAACAGCAUCCGAUUUCUGUUAGAGAGCUUUCGGGUUGUGUAUUUCGAGCGUGAUGUAUCGAUGCACAUGGAAUUUAGACAAGAGCUGUGGAAGAUUUUGGAUUGCAAAUCGGUUCCUCCUAAGCUUUUCAUCAAGGGGAGAUACAUUGGGGGAGCAGAGGAGGUUUUGACGCUUCACGAGCAAGGAAAGCUGCGGCCUCUCCUUGCAGGAGUGCCGUUGGAUCAAUCAGAUGGACCGUGUCAAGGUUGCGCUGGAGUUCGGUUUGUGGUUUGUUUCAAAUGCCACGGAAGUCACAAGAUCAUUGCCCAAGAGGGAGAGUCUAAUGUGUGCCCGCAGUGUAACGAAAAUGGGUUGAUUAUAUGCCCAUAUUGUUGCUGA